GGGAAGAAAACAAGUACGUCAGUUUUCUUACACGUUUAUUAUAAACGUUGUUCAGUAGAAGAGCCCGAAAGUCCCGAAAAGCUACAAUGGACUCUACAGAGAGAGCUCACAGAAAAAGGACAGACGACGUCUUUCGAAAGAGCUCAUCGGUUCUUUCUUUUAUUUCAAUUCUACUGAUUGUUGCGCUGUUCCUGAGGAUGGAGAUGAUCAACAAGCGAACGCAAAUCAAUGAACUGCGUAUUUUAGCCGUUGAAAGUCGCAUGAAGACGACAAAUGAAGCAGACAAAAACGUCGAGGACAAGCUGAAAACGUUUACAGACAAAAUAUACCAGGCAGGACCUCCGGGACCGCCAGGAGCCCUUGGGUAUUCCGGAUAUAAGGGAGAAAAAGGGGCCUCCGGAAAGGUAGGACCACCAGGCCCAUCGGGGCCUAUUGGGGCUCCAGGCGUGGGUGGCAAAAGAGGACCUGUGGGACCUCAAGGAGUAAAGGGCGACAAAGGCGACAAAGGGUCUGUUGGAGCUCUUGCAAUUAAAGGAGAUACUGGAGCGAAGGGUCGUCACGGACAAAAAGGAUCUAUUGGCUUAAAAGGGAACAAAGGUAUCAGAGGAUUGGUUGGUAUUCAGGGACCAAAGGGAGAAUGUGUUGUUCCACCGAAGAUCAUCUAUUAGAGGAAAGUGAAAUUAAAAUGAACUUGUAAUAAUACCGAGUGUAAUCC